AUGCUCGUCCGGGUGUCCCUCGACAUCACGACACACGGCACCCUGCGAGCGACGCGAUGUUAUGCCUCCGGGUACUCCGAGCGCGGCAGCCUGCGCGAGCACAUCUGCUUCUUCCGUCCGUAUCAUCUCCCGCUUCAUUAUAGCGACGUCUCCAGACGCAGCGCUUCUCUUCUGCUUUGGUGCGGCGGCCGCAGUACCCCGGAACCCUCGGCGCACGCAAGAGGAUCAAGCCCAGGCGUCGUGCCGGAGAAGUCCCUGCGCAGCAGCACCAGCCGCCCCGCGAUUGGCGGGCCGCACUCUAACGCAGACACCGUGUCCUCCGAAUUCGAAGAAGCGAGACGCCGCGCCCUGCACACGCGCACGUGA